AUGCCAGCACUAUACAACACCACCACCACAGCCACGGAACUAGUCUCCAACUAUGCACCCCUUAUAAAAGGCAAAACCAUCCUAGCAACAGGCGUCACACCAGGAACCCUGGGCGGUUUCUACGUGCAAACAAUCGCAUCUGCCAAACCCGCCAACCUAAUCCUAGCCGGACGCAACAGCACCAAGCUCGAGCAAUGCGCGCAAGCAAUCACCGCCUCCAACCCGGAAGUCAAAACUUGCAUCUUACAGGUUGAUUUCAGCUCGCUGACGAGCGUACGCGAUGCUGCGAAACAAGUGAAUAGCUGGGAUGAUAUCCCCGUCAUCGACGUACUGGUAAACAACGCUGGUAUAAUGGCGGUGGAGUAUAAGGUGUCGGAGGAUGGGGUUGAGUCGCAGUUUGCGACUAACCAUUUGGGGCCGUUUCUUUUUACGAAUUUGGUCAUGGGGAAGGUGUUGAAGUCGGACGCUCCAAGAGUCGUUAUGGUUACCAGUGAUGGGCAUCGGUUGAGUCCUGUUCGGUUCUGUGAUUAUAAUUUCGAUGGAGGCAAGACCUACAACAAGUGGUUUGCCUAUGGACAGUCGAAGACUGCUAAUAUGUUGAUGGCGCUGUCUUUGGCUAAUAAGCUAGGCGUUAGGCAUGGCUUGCAGGCCUUUAGUCUGCAUCCUGGUGUGAUUAUUACUACGGGUUUAGGGACUCAUCUGGAUUGGGAGAAUACGGAUAUGGAAGGACUGUUGAGCACUGACCGGAUGCUGGGCAAUGCGGAAGGCUGGAAGAAGGGGUUUAGCCCCAAGACCCUGGAUCAGGGUGUUGCAACCCACGUCUAUGCAUCAUUUGAUCCUUCGAUUAAAUCCAACAACGGAGCCUAUCUCAUCGACUCGCAUGUGGCAGAUCCACUCGAAGAUACAGUAAAGGCAUGGGCAAUCAGUAGUUUUGAAGCAGAAAGACUAUGGAAGCUAAGCGAGAGCCUGGUGGGCCAAUCAUUCCCCUACUAG